AGAUUGUUCUUUGAUCGAGAAAAGUAUUAUCUCCAUCAUUCUUCGAUGAAAAUGUUAGACAAACUAUACUGACGUUGUUUUGCUUAAAAAAAUAUUUUAAAAUUAUAUAUAUAAUUAUUUUUUAAAAAUAUUAUGUAUGCAUAAAAUUCAAAUUUAAUAUAUAGGUUUUAAAAUAUUAAAGUUUAAGAAAGAGAAAAGAUUUGACCCUAAACCCAACUAACAAAGAGGAAGAGAUCCCUCAGAAGCAAGAAGCAAAAAGAAAAAAGAAAAACCACGUGGCAUUCAUUCAUAGCGAGUUUCCAAAAUCACACUAUUUCCAUAAUCGCUCUAUUUCUCUCCAUUUUCUUCUUUCUUCUUCUUCUUCUUCUUCUUCUUCUUCAAAACAGUCUGAAAGAUUUUCUCCCCUCAUUUUACUUCACCACUCCAAAUUCUUCACAAUGCCUCGAAUCAGCAACAACCUCGUUGGAAUCCUCAACUUCGUCACCUUCUUACUCUCGAUCCCAAUUCUCUGGGCCGGCGUUUGGCUCAGCAAACAAGGAAGCACCGAAUGUGAGAAGUAUUUAGACAAACCCAUUAUCAUCAUCGGCGUUUUUCUCUUGUUGGUUUCUCUCGCCGGUCUUCUCGGUGCUUGCUGUCGAAUCUCAUGGCUUUUAUGGGUCUACCUUCUUGUUAUGUUUGUUCUUAUUGUUAUUCUCUUUGCUUUCACCAUUUUCGCUUUUGUCGUCACUAACAAAGGCGCCGGUGAGGUCUUGUCUAAUCGGGGUUAUAAGGAGUAUAGGCUUGGGGAUUACUCUGGUUGGUUGCAGAAGAGAGUGAACAAUAAUAAAAAUUGGAAUAAAAUCAAGAGCUGCUUGAUUGAUGGGAAGAUCUGUUCUACCUUUGCUGAUAAGUAUAUUAAGGAUACUGUUGAACAGUUUUAUCAGGAGAAUUUGUCUGCUCUUCAGUCGGGUUGCUGUAAACCUUCCAAUGACUGCAAUUUCACUUAUGUGAGCCCAGUUGUCUGGAACAGGACUGCUACAAACUCGCCCAACCCGGACUGUAAUUUGUGGGAAAAUGAUCCCAAUGUUCUGUGCUUCAAUUGCCAGGCUUGCAAGGCUGGGUUGCUUGAUAAUAUUAAGAGCAACUGGAAGAAGGUUGCUGUUGUGAACAUUGUAUUUCUCGUCUUUCUCAUUAUCGUCUACUCGGUUGGCUGCUGUGCUUUCCGGAACAACAGAGAGGACCAUGCUUAUCAACGGCAAUGGAAGUGAUCUCAAGCCAUAGUUCUGUAAGCAUUCUCGUUGUUUAGUUUGCCCUUUUCUCGAAUUCCCCUCGAUGUAUAUUGUUUUUCUCCCCUCCCUUUUUGGAGGUCGUGAUUUUGUUUGUUUGACUUUGAUCUGCUGUUUUCUUUGGAGAUAUGAUGAUUUGUAGUGUUGACAUUGAUUGUCUCUCUCUGUUCUUCCAUUUUGUGAAUGUUGGUUAGAUUCUGGUUAGUGUAACAUGAUUUUUUGUGUAA